AUGAAGGCCUCUACUUUGCUUACAGUAUGUGCCUCUGCACUGGCAAGUGCAGCUCCUUCGGGGGAACUUGAGAAGCGUGCAACAGUGAAGGGCUUCGACAUUUCUCAUUAUCAAACAAGUGUCGACUUCAACGCGGCAUAUUCUGGCGGCGCUCGAUUCGUUAUCAUCAAGGCAACAGAAGGAACCACCUAUAAAGACCCCUCAUUCUCGAGCCACUACGGCGGAGCGACAUCCGCAGGGCUAAUUCGAGGUGGCUAUCACUUCGCCCGCCCCGAUGGCGGCUCCGGUGCCAGCCAAGCCAACUUUUUCGUCGCCAACGGUGGUGGCUGGUCCGGCGACGGAAUCACCCUACCCGGUAUGCUUGACAUCGAAUACGGACCCAGCAGCACCUGCUACGGCCUUUCUACCUCCGCCAUGGUGAGCUGGAUCAGCGAUUUUGUCUCCACGUACCACAGCAAGACCAGUCGGUACCCGCUGAUCUAUUCGACGAAUGAUUGGUGGAAUACAUGUACGGGGAAUACCAAGGCUUUUAGCUCUAACAGUCCGUUGGUGCUGGCGAGGUACUCGACUGCUGGGCCGGGGACUAUUCCGGGCGGUUGGCCAUUCCAGACUAUUUGGCAGAAUAGUGAUAGUAGUCCGUGGGGUGGCGAUAAUGAUAUCUUCAAUGGGGCUUUGUCGAAUUUGCAGAAGUUGGCUACGGGAUGA